AUGCACGUCUUCCUAGUUCUUGACUACGGAACGCUGGAAAAUACCCCCGUUCCUGAUGGGCCUCAACGUAACCCUUCGGCAUCCGCAACGCACGAUCGUAGCCCCAUGCGCGUCGGCGUGCUGUGCGCGAGCCUCCUUGCCGGUAGCCAGAUUCACUUAGCAAUGCCGAAGAGGGAGACGGCCCAGAGCAGCGCUAACCUAACGCUUUCGGCCAAAUACGUAGCUCUCGCCGCAGAUCCUAGAAUGACGCAGGAAGUAAAGCUAAGCAGUGCCGUUUCGCUCCUCGAGGGCCUAGCUGCGCAUCCGUCCGGCAUACCAGCAGCCAUCGACGCGGACGACCAGCUUCGGAAGAGACUACUCGCGGUCGUUCAGAAGUUAGUCCCUGAGCUAGAGACGCCCGCGGAGGCUUCCCAACGAAUCCUGUAUAAUGCCCUCGAGCUGCCCGCGGCCCGCAUCGCCGUUGACCUUGACGUGUUCGGGCAGCUGGCACGGAGCGCGGACACGCCGCUGACAACGGAGGAGCUCACGCGCGGCUCCGGCAAGGCCCCCGACGCGAAGCUGCUAGCGCGCGUGCUGCGGUACCUGGCGUCGUUCGGCUUCGUGCGCGAGGUCGGCGCGGGCCGCUGGGCCGCGAGCCACCUCGGUGAUAACCUGUGCGGGACGGGCCAGAGCGCCGGCGUGUGCCACAUGGUCGACAACUGCUUCGCGGCGUUCGUGGCGCUGCCGGCGUUCCUGCGGCGGCACGCGUACCGGGCGCCGGCGGCGGCGGACGCCAGCACGGACACGGCGUUCGCGCUGGGCAACGGGCUGGCGCCGGACGCGGGCAGCUUCUUCGCGUGGCUGCGCGCGCGCCCCGAGCACGCGCGCAGCUUCAACGUGUUCAUGGGCGCCCACCGCACCGGCGUGCGCUCCUGGCUCGACGACGGCGGCGGCCGCGUCGUCGCCGCCAUCGCGCGCGCCCUCGCCGCCGUUGCUGCCGCCGACCCCGCCCCCGUCGCCUUCGUGGACAUCGGCGGCGGCGUCGGCCACCAGUGCAAGGCUCUCAGGAAGCGCGCCCCCCACCUGCAAGGCCGCAUCGUGCUCGAGGACCUCGAGGAGGUGGUGGCGAGCGCCGAGCUCGAGGACGGGAUCGAGGCCCUGGGGAUCGACUUCCUCAAGGAGCAGCCGAUCAAGGGCAAGCGCCGCAUCGUACUACUUCCGGAGCGUUCUCCGCAACUAACCGACCCAACCUUCCCCCGCCGAGCAGACUGGCCGGACGCGGACGCGCGCGCGAUCCUGGGCCACGUGCGGGACGCGAUGGGCGCGUCGUCGCUGCUGCUGGUCGACGAGCUGGUGCUGCCGGACCGCGGCGCGCACCGCUGGGAGGCCCAGCUCGACCUCGCCAUGCUGGCCAUGCUCAACGCCGAGGCGCGCACCGAGGCCGCCUGGCGCCGCCUCCUCGCCGACGCCGGCCUCGCCGUCGUCGACCUCGUCUUCUACGAGGAGGACGCCCGCGAGGCCGUCAUCGUCGCCCGCAAGGCCGCCUGA